UUCAAACCCAUGGUUCUCCUCCACAGCAAGAACCUAUCCCCCUUAUCUGGCUCUCCUCCUCUGCCUGACUGAAUCUUCUCUCAGAUGAUCCAUCACCUGCAGCUGAUCUUUUUAGCCACACUGCAGCCACAACAUGAGCAUACGGAAACUGAGUUUCAAGUGGUUCGGAAGCCUCACCAACCUCUCCUUUCGCCGCUCCAGUGAGAAAUCUGACUCCAAGUCGAAGUCUGGGUGUGUGCCUGGAGAUGGCAGUGACUGUGCUACUGUCUCCACUAAGAUUCUGGCUCCAGUUGCUGAAACGACAGUGGACGACCUGGAUGCCAUGCGUCCUCGCACGGCCAGCUACGUCCGCUCCAGUGAGAGCUACACACAUGUAGGUACGCUGCCACGGCUAGUGAUGAAGAGGAGGGACAAGAGUCAAAAAGGAGGCUCCAGCAGCAGUAAGAAGAGCAAAGACAAGAGCAACCUCAGCAGAAGUCAAAGCCAGAGACCUGCAGGGGACCAAGACCGUGACCCCCUGAGAAUCACAGCCGACCCAUUCAAAGUGGCCCGGGAUGAAGCUGAAGUUGAAGCUGACACUGGGCUCACCCGGGACUACUUCACUGAUGACAAGAUGCAGCUCAAACCUACAGGUGAUACCAAUGACACAAACACCCAAAGCGUCACCUCCGGACCCACGGAUGUGCCGCCAUCUGGUGGCUCAAGUGCUACACUCCAACCAGAGGCUUGUGACGAGCAAGAAAUCACCCAGGCAGGUGCGGACUUGAACCCUGAUGAGACUUCGUCACCUCCACUCAGCCAGGGGAACGAUCAGACCAAGACUCAUGAGGAUGUUGGGUUAGAGCCCGGGGUUGUGUCUAAAACAGUGGAGGUGGCAGAGAGCAGUGGACUCACUGAAGGAGCAGGUGAAGGAAACCAAAAGUCUGACAGCAUUUACUGCCACAUGGAGCCAGCAGAAAGCCAGGCUGAAUAUGUCCAGUUCUCCAAGGAGAAGUACCUGCUGGAGUCUCCCCCUGAGAAACUUCGUAAGGAGCUGGAGGAGGAGCUUAAACUGAGCCCUGCUGACAUCAGGAGCCAUGGCUGGUACCAUGGACACAUACCCAGAGAGGUGUCAGAGACUCUGGUUGUGCGUAAUGGAGAUUUCCUGGUGCGUGACUCUCUGACCAGCGUGGGUGACUAUGUUCUGACCUGUCGGUGGAAUAAUGAGGUGCUGCACUUCAAGAUUAGCAAAGUCUUGGUCAAAUCCAAUGAGACCAAGGUGCAGUACAUGUUGGAGACAGACAAUUUCGACUCAGUCCAGGAGCUCGUGCGGUUCUACAUAGGCCAGCGCAAACCAGUCUCCCAGUCCAGCGGUGUCCACAUCUACUGUCCAGUCAGCAGGACUCUCCCUCUGCGCUACCUGGAGGCCACCUUCGCGCUGUCCAACAGCAAGCAAGGCUCUGCAUACUCACCGUCCAGUCAGAGGGGAGCGUACAUCAAGAGGAGGAGCGUCACCAUGACUGAUGGGCUGACGACAGAGAAGAUGAUACCUCACAGCCCAUCAACAAUCCACCACCACAAAGACGCAAUGCGGAACUGUGCAAUGAGCAUGGACCAGAUUCAGGAGUAUCGCUGCCCCUUGUCACCUGUUGGGGAGACCCCACUGUCUCCUGCGUAUAGUGCUAUCACCAGGCAGAGAGCCCACUCGAGCGGGCGGGUCCUGGCUGUCGUCCCACCCUCCCCCGUGAUGCGCCGUUCCAGCGACCCCCAGCUCAGCCCCUCAGCCAGUAACAACCCUCCAGAGCAUCCCGCGCAUACCUCUCACUCGGCGCACUCCUCCCCUGCCCAUCAUCCCACCUACCAGUCACAUUCUUCAGAAACAGCAGGGAGCUACUGUGACCUCAGACCUUGCCCCGCCGGACCCCCCAAGCCUCCGGCUAAGAGCUACGUGGAGCGGUUGCGAGUCGAGGAAGGGAGGGAGGAGGGAGCGAGGGAGGAAGGAGAAGGGAUGUUCUCCGCCCCACAGGUGGAAACGACAUCCUCAUUCAGACCAUCCAGGUACGAGUCUUGCCUUAUGCCGGCUGAGAAUAAGCCUCUGGAGAUGUCCGUGCUGAAGAGAGUCAAAGAGCUGCUGGCUGAGGUGGAUGCAAGGACCGCGGCUAAACACAUCACCAUGGUGGACUGCACGGUGGCUAGAAUAUUGGGCGUCUCCUCAGAGACGCAAAGGAUGAUGGGAGUGUCCUCAGGGCUGGAGUUACUGACACUUCCACAUGGACACCAGCUGAGACUUGACCUACUGGAGAGGUUCUACACCAUGUCUAUCAUGAUGGCGGUGGACCUGCUGGGCUGUACAGGAAGCACGGAGGAGAGGGCGGCCCUGCUCCAUAAGACCAUCCAGUUAGCAGCCGAGUUGAAGAGCAACCUGGGCAACAUGUUCGGCUUUGCAGCUGUGAUGAGAGCCCUGGAGCUGCCACAGAUUUCCCGCCUGGAGCAGACGUGGGUGACAUUACGGCAGAGACAUACAGAGGGCGCUAUUUUAUAUGAGAAGAAACUCAAACCUUUCAUGAAGAAUAUGAACGAUGGCAAAGAGUCUAGUGUUCUGUCCAACACCUCUUUCCCCCACAUCAUUCCCGUCCUGUCCCUGCUGGAGCGAGGCGUGGCUCUCGGGGAGGCGCUGGAGCCGUGGGAGAGCGCAGAGGUCGGAGUAGAUGUGGUCAUGUACCACCUAGAGGCAGCCCGUACCAUCGCACAUCACGGGGGAAUCUACAGAACCAACUCUGAGACCAAACUGCAGGGAUUCCAGGAGCGAGCAGAAAUCCACGAGAUCUUCCAGACGGAGUUUCAGAUGCGUCUCCUGUGGGGCAGCCGUGGCUCUGAGGGCAGCCAAUCAGAGCGUUACGAGAAGUUCGACAAAGUUCUCACAGCCCUAUCACACAAGCUAGAGCCUCCUGUGCGCCACAGUGAGCUAUAGCACCUGCUCGGAACACCCGCCAUCGACAAAAAAAACAAAACAAAAAAAAACAACCCCCCCCCCCAUCUGCACUCACCACUCAUAGUGGUAUGGUCUUGUUUUGCAUCGCAGAGGAUGAUGUGGAAGAGUCCAAUAUGAACACUGGGAGGGGUGAGAGUGACUGAAGAGGCAGCUAAAAGAGCAUGUGCAUUGAGCACUCGGAAUACAGAAAAGAGAGUUACUCACAUAAAACAUGUGUUGCACUGACUGUGGACUCCAAAUAAGGCAUGGGGUUCCUCCUGUUCCUCUCUGUGGACUUUCUCACUUAGCGCUAAAAUAUUUAAAUGGCAACAAAGAGGAGACAAGCUAAG